AUGACGUCCAUAUACUAUAGUAUUAAGGCAGCUAAAAAUGAGGGUGAGGAGAUUUCCCCCGGUUUCAGGGUGAAGUUAUACCUUGAUGCGAAAGAUCAGGCCCUGUUGGAUUGGAAGGCGUGCCUUCUGGAAUUGCGCGACAACCAGCCUGGUUUUAGGAUACGUAAUGCAUUGGUUAGUAGGUUAAGAGAGUGGUCCAACAGAAAACACGGUUGGAUCACGUAUCAUAUGACCCAGUUUCUUACGGGACAUGGGUGUUUUAAUAAAUUUCUUUACAGAAUAAAUAAAGUGGAGUCUGCGUUGUGCGCCCACUGUUUGGUCGAGGUUGAUACUGCCCAGCACACCUUCCAAUUCUGUAGUGCCUGGUAUUCUGAAAGAUGCGGUUUGGUUCGGGUUAUAAGGGAUGAGCUUGAUCUCCCGUCGGUUAUUUUGGCAAUUUUGGAUAGCAUAAUUAAUUGGAAAGCCUUCUCAACCUUCUGCACUAAGGUUCUUAGCCGCAAAAAGGCGGCAGAAAGGGAGAGACAGGCCGUGGAUAGGAGUCAGGUGGUUGGUUACCUGGACUCAGAAACCUCUGAUUAA